AAAAAUCCACUGAUUCCUUUCAUUUUGGCAGUUUUCGAGGUGGUUAAAUGGCAUCAGUGUGGAUUUUUUUUAAAGAUGAGAUGUUUUUCAAACCUGGUGGUGCGUGAGAUGAUUUCAUUUGAUCGACAACAGAAUAAAUGUAUGAAAACGGUUCAGAAUGCUUUAAAAUAUUAAUGCAUGAUGUAUGGAAGUGCCAUUGGGCUCCUGAUUUAAUAAGAAAUGAAGGCAUUUUUACUACAAACUGACGGAUAAAGGUAACAAAUGCAGGAAACUUUGUGUUUGAGUAAUGAGGCCCGUCUCCUGCUUAUCUCAAUGAAAUCUACACCCAUGUCAGAGAUCUAGCUCAAACCAGUGAGAUUAUUAUUAUCAAUGUAGCAGCUCCAUCUCAUGUAGAUAUUUGUGGACGCGCUGCUGCUGCAUCAGAAAUAAUUCAGACAGGAAGAGGAGGUUCUGACCUCUGUGAUGUGUUAGCAGAGGUUCAGUCUGAUGCUCAGACAGUCUGCAGCAGCAUCAUGGAGGUUACAGCUCUCUGCAUCCGACUCUUGGUGGAUGUGUUCGUCCUGCUGGCUGCACAAGUGGACCACAGUUACUCUGCUCAGAAAGCUGAUGCAGUUUUUCUUCGCAUUUAUCCAAAGAGACUUCAGUUCUUUGAAUAUGAGUCUUUCUCUGUGACCUGUGAGGGGACUGAUGGCGUCUCUGAAUGGAGAGUGAUGAGGAAGCUGCAGAAAGCAUUUGAAACUAAUUCUUCUUCUAACAAGUGCAUCUCAUUGGAGUCUUCCUGCACAUUUGAUCCUGCAUUUCAAAUAGACAGCGGAGAAUACUGGUGUAAAAAUGAAGACGGACGAACAAGUGACACCGUCAACAUCACUGUAGCUGGUUCUGUGAUGCUGGAAAUUCCUGAGCAGCCUGUGAUGGAGGGAGAUGAUGUGACUCUUCGCUGUAUCAACAAGAAAACUAAGUCUAAAGACACAGUUGAUUUCUACAAAGAUGGCAUCUAUCUCGAGACGCGGUAUGACGACAUGAUCUACAUAAUCCAGAACGUCUCCAAGUCUAAUGAAGGACUCUACAAGUGCAGCAUCCCUGGAUAUGCAGAGUCACCUGAGAUGUGGUUGGCUGUAGAGAAACAAAAAACAGUCAUCUUUCCAGAACCCAGUGACCAUCACUCCCCUCAGGUCCUCGUGUUUCUGUGGACUGUUGUCAUUGUUUUAUCGGUGGAUCUGCUGCUGCUGGUGAUGAGUGUAAAACUCUGCAGCAUAUACAGAGAGCGACAAAAGUCCAAAGGUGGCAACAAGCCUGGUUUACAAGAGGAUGCUGCCAUAUAUUCUUCAGUCAUCUACAGGUCUCUGAAAGUUGACUGAUGAUAAGAAAAUGUGUUUAAAGCUCUGCCUCCAUGUUGAAGUUGGUUAUGGAGAGACUUUGUCACAUAUUCUCAUUCAGUGAUGUGACAAUACAUUGGUAAUUCUUCAAUAUUUCUACAGUAAAUAUACUCUUUAGCUUCAUUUUUAAUGAGUUGUAAAACAUGCAUUUUGCAUUUUUUAUUAUCAAUACUGUAUGUAAUGGUAAAUUGACACUUUAGUAAAUUGUAUUUCUUUUUUAAGUUCUUAAGAGUCUAUAAAAACAUGCAAUUAGCGGUGAAUUUGCACAGAACUCAGUGGUUUAUAAAGCAGCUGUGUGUUCAUAAACUGCCUCGUUCUUCUCAAAGGUGUUCUAUUUUCUAAAGCAGAGAGCAGUUCUUGCACAUCGUCAUCACCACCUGUCUUUAUCUGGUGUGUGCGGUUUGGUAGUACGAGUGAGCUGCUUUAUUUUCUCUUCUGUCUCGUUUCUGUUCACAUGUCUGGAGAUGCUGUUUAUAACCUGCUGCAGC